CUAUUCUGGAAAACAUUAUUUUUCUCUAUGGUCCAUACUCCUUUUUAACUGACACGAAUGGAAACGAUCCAUUUUCUGGCAUAUUUCCCGAAAAGCCAGGUAAUCGUGUAGCAAAUCAUAAUAAAGAUGAACCAUUAGACUUAAAAUCUCCCUGGGAAAAAGGUGAAGUUCAUUGUUUAGAUGUUCUAACACCUACACCUGGUAGUCUUAAUGGUAAAUUAAAAUUGAAUGAAGAGUAUUCAGCUUCAAUUGCAUCGAAUAUUACUAAAAUGGAAUAUGAAUGGAUCGCUCCCGUUAUACCAUUUCAAAAUGUUAAAAAUAAUACUGCAUAUUAUAUAAAAGUUAUUACCCAGGCUUUGUUAGACUCUAAUGGUGUAGAAGCUACGGUGUUCGGUCUUAUCGGUCCAAUUACCAUUACUAGAAAAGCGACGACUGCUCCUAAAACCUAUUUUUCUCCAAUUAAUGCGACAAAUACUAGUGACAAAAUGAAG